UCGCGUCCAGGUGAGGCCGGCCGGCCGGCCGACCCCAUCCAUGGAGCAUCACCCGAAUCGACGUGUCGAAUCCACAUUUACUGCCGCACCAAUGAGUUCGCUCGCUUUCCCCUGCCGCUCGUCACCACUGACGCCCGCCUCCAAUUCCCCUCCCGUCCCGUCGCCGUGUAUAAAGAUCCGCCGCUCGCGACGAGCUGCUCCCCAUCGCCACCUCAUCGCCGCCAGGAAUUCGAGCUCCCCCCGGACCGUCGCCAUGGCCGCCGCAGCCGCUGCCGCACCGGUCAUCUCCCCGAAAGAAAAUCUGCCCCCUUCGCUGACCUCCACCUCCGAGCCCCCGCCACUCUUCGACGGCACGACCAGGUUGUAUGUUGCAUAUCACUGCCCGUACGCGCAGCGCGCUUGGAUUGCCAGGAAUUACAAGGGUUUGCAAGACAAGAUCAAGAUAGUCGCAGUCGAUCUUGCAGACAGGCCCGCCUGGUACAAGGAGAAGGUUUACCCACAGAACAAGGUGCCUUCACUGGAGCAUAAUAACCAAGUGAAAGGAGAGAGCUUGGAUUUGGUCAAGUACAUUGACAGCAAUUUCGAUGGCCCUGCAUUGCUUCCUGAUGAUUCUGCAAAGAAGCAGUUUUCCGAGGAGCUGCUUGUGUAUACCGAUGAGUUCAAUAAAGCACUAUACUCAUCCAUAACCUCCAAGGGAGAUGUUGCAGAGGAAACUGUUGCUGCGCUGGAUAAAAUAGAAGCCGCCCUGGGAAAGUUUAGUGAUGGCCCUUUCUUCCUUGGCCAGUUCAGUUUGGUGGACAUUGCAUAUGUGCCAUUUAUCGAAAGGUUUCAGAUAUUCUUUUCUGGUAUAAAAAACUAUGAUAUCACCAAGGACAGACCUAACAUUCAGAAAUUCAUCGAGGAAGUGAACAAGAUCGAUGCAUACACACAAACGAAGCUGGACCCACAAUUUCUGCUUCAACACACAAAGAAGCGGCUUGGGAUUGAGUGAAGAUAUGACCAAGCAUGAACAGAGGCCAGGGAACUACUGCAGCAUGGAAGAUGGAGACUAGACAAUCAGGAGCGUUCUUGCUUGCUACUGUAGUAUAUACCAUACUAUGAAUAAAAAGAUGCAUGCUACUAAGGUCCUGCCUUUUGAGAAUAAAUUAAGUGGUUGAUUGUGAUUAUAGUAUUUUAAGCACGUUUUGUGAUUGCGGUUUGACAGUGUGCCAGUGCUUAUGAAGGAACAUCAUCUUGUGUUGUGUACUUGUUGAAUGCUUAUUUUUUGAACGGGUUAGUCUCUGGGUCUCUA